ACGCGUCGGGACUCGGCUACAAAAGACGACGGCUGCGGCGCGCCGGGCGGAACUUUCCAGAACGCUCGGUGAGACGCGGAGGAGCGGCGGCUACCCGAGCUGCGCCCAGCAACGCGCUCCUUCCCGCUCCCCCACAUCGGCCUCGGCCCUCUCACCGGCUGUAGAAAAUGGUGAAAGAAACCACUUACUAUGAUGUUUUGGGGGUCAAACCCAAUGCCACCCAAGAAGAACUGAAAAAGGCCUACAGGAAACUGGCCUUAAAGUACCACCCUGAUAAGAAUCCAAAUGAAGGAGAGAAGUUUAAACAGAUUUCUCAAGCUUAUGAAGUACUCUCUGAUGCAAAGAAAAGGGAAUUAUAUGACAAAGGAGGUGAACAGGCAAUUAAAGAAGGUGGAGCUGGUGGUGGUUUUGGCUCCCCCAUGGACAUCUUUGAUAUGUUUUUUGGAGGAGGAGGAAGAAUGCAGAGAGAAAGGAGAGGUAAAAAUGUUGUGCAUCAGCUCUCAGUAACCUUAGAAGAUUUAUAUAAUGGUGCAACAAGAAAACUAGCUCUGCAAAAGAAUGUGAUUUGCGAUAAAUGUGAAGGCCGAGGUGGUAAGAAAGGAGCAGUUGAGUGUUGUCCCAAUUGCCGAGGUACUGGAAUGCAAAUAAGAAUUCAUCAAAUAGGACCUGGAAUGGUUCAGCAAAUUCAGUCUGUGUGCAUGGAGUGCCAGGGCCAUGGGGAACGGAUCAGUCCUAAAGAUAGAUGUAAAAGCUGCAAUGGAAGGAAGAUAGUUCGAGAGAAGAAGAUUCUAGAAGUUCAUAUUGACAAAGGCAUGAAAGAUGGCCAGAAGAUAACAUUCCAUGGUGAAGGAGACCAAGAACCAGGACUGGAACCAGGAGAUAUUAUCAUUGUUUUAGAUCAGAAGGACCAUGCUGUGUUUACUCGGCGAGGAGAAGACCUUUUCAUGUGUAUGGACAUACAGCUGGUUGAAGCACUGUGCGGUUUCCAAAAGCCAAUAUCUACUCUGGACAACCGAACCAUUGUCAUCACCUCUCAUCCAGGUCAAAUUGUCAAGCAUGGAGAUAUCAAGUGUGUGCUAAAUGAAGGCAUGCCAAUUUAUCGUAGGCCAUAUGAGAAGGGUCGCCUCAUCAUCGAAUUUAAGGUAAACUUUCCUGAGAAUGGCUUUCUGUCUCCUGAUAAACUCUCUUUGCUGGAAAAACUCCUACCUGAGAGGAAGGAAGUAGAAGAGACUGAUGAAAUGGACCAGGUAGAACUGGUGGACUUUGAUCCAAAUCAGGAAAGACGGCGCCAUUACAAUGGGGAAGCAUAUGAGGAUGAUGAACAUCAUCCCAGGGGUGGUGUUCAGUGUCAGACCUCUUAAUGGGGCCAAUGAAUAACACUGCUGGCAUUUUAUGUGCAGUAGUGAAUGAGUGAAGGACUAUAAUCAUAGCUCACUACUUGCUAUUGUUUUUGUUUUAAUAUUCAACUAUAGUAGUGUUUUAAAAGUUAAAUGAAGAAUAAACUCAAAUAUAAAAGCUCUGACUUUGCCCUGUAUGUAUGAUGACUUCAGUGUGGAAGAUAAGUUUAAUAUUUGUAAAAACUGCUUUCAAAAAAAAUCUCCCCUAGCAUUUGUUAGGCCAUACCUUGUAAUUAAUUUCAGUUCUAUGUAUAUGAAAUAGCUCAGACUGAAAUGCUAGGUGUAUGUAUUGACUUCAGUGUAUCACCCUUAAUUGUUAAGCUAUGAAGUUAAAACUUGUAUUUAAUUGGCAUUCAGACAAAGAAUUUGUAGAGAAGUGUUGGUCUGUAGUUAUGUUAAGUGGGAUUCAUUGUGAUGCCUCUGCAUUUAUUGCCUCAACUGUUACUUGAAGAUGGCAUGCUAUGUAAUUUGGCCUGUGGUAUCAGUGAUAGAAAGGAUACCUCUUUAAAGAAGGGGUUUAUCAUAUAUGCUGCUGCUUGAGGGCUUGCACUUGUAGAAUUGCAUUCCCUUCUGUGCCAUCUUUUUUUUUCCUUUUAAAAAAAAAUAUGUAUAUGCAUAUAUAUAUAUAUGCAUAUAUAUAUAUAUAUGUAUGUAUAAUAUCAGUCCUGGUUAUACUUUUUUUCCUUCUCUUUGGACCAUGAUAAGCUUCAGAGUAGUGGCUUCGGGAGCAGGGUAACUUACAGUGAAGAGACAUUUAUGUGGAGAAGUUUGCAUGUAUGAGAUAGGAAGGUUUUUGUUUUUUUUUUUUUGUUUUUUUUUUUUUAAGGUAUGUUACAGGCUUACUUUAAAUAACUUAACGCUCCGAAGUAACUGUAAUUUAAUGUUGGUAGUAUAGCAAAUUAUGAUGAAUAGCUUUAAUUGUAUGUUUAAAAAGUCAUGUUCACAAGCUUAAAUCUGGUUAUCAGAAUUAAGCAUUUGGAAUGUAUGAAUGUGUCCUUAAUAUACUGAUUACAAAGCA